AUGGGUGUCCCUUCCACAGCUGUGCCUAAACUCUUGGUCAUCACAUUGUCUCUGGAUAAAAGCAUUUCAUUCUUUAAUUGUGCUGUACAGAUGUACUUUCUUUCAGCUCUGCUAACAACGGAGUGUAUCAUGCUAGCUGCUAUGGCCUACGACAGAUAUGCUGCCAUCUGUAAACCACUGCACUACCACACUAUAAUGAACAUGAGAUUCUGUAUUUGCAUAGCUAUAUCAUGCUGGGGCGUGGGCUUUAUCAACUCCAGUAUCCAUGUGCCAUACACCUUCCAAAUGCCUUUUUGCAGGUCCCACCAUGUUAACCAUUUUUUCUGUGAGGUGCCUGCUUUAUUAAAGUUGUCUUGCCAAGCCACUUGGUUUCAUGAAGUAGCAAUGUACAUCUCAGCCUUCAUAGUUGGCCUGUGCUCUUUUCUCUUGACUAUCAUUUCGUAUGUUUACAUAAUCUCCUCAAUGUUCAAGAUUCGUUCCACUCAAGGAAGACAUAAAGCCUUCUCUACUUGCACUUCCCAUCUUAUAGUGGUCUGUGUGUACUAUGGGACUCUCAUCUUCAUGUAUUUACUCCCUCGCUCUAAGAACUCUUCUGAGACUGACAAAACUGUGUCCAUUAUUUACACGGUUGUGUCUCCACUGCUGAAUCCCAUCAUCUAUAGUAUAAGAAAUAAUGAUAUCAAAGAUGCCAUAAGAGGAUAUAUGCAAUUUCAGAAAGAAAGUUUUUAG